AAACGGGAGUGUUUUGAGUAGAGAUCUCGGGUCUUCAGGUGGGGAUCGUCUGCCUCUCAUUGGCCGGACUUGGACGAGGCUUUUACCGGCGAAGAGCCAAAAAUGCUACGAAUAUCAUCCAGGAUCAAGCCUCAUGUAGCGUCCAAGAUUGCCCGUGGGCAUGGGGCCCAGAGGCUGCAGUCCACCCACUCCGGUGGUGGUGGUGGGAGCAAGGUUUUGAUCGCUUCAGCUGGUGUAACGUCCCUUGUUGCAGGUGUUGUUGGAUAUGCAGCUUGGAGUAAUGACAACAGGAAGAGUAUUGAAAAUACGAUCCCUGGCUCGGGAUACGUCCUUGGUGCUCUUUUGGGCCCAGUGAUGGAGCCUCUCCCACCCAAACCAGUCACCAAGGAUGUUGGCCUUAUGAAGAAGAAAUUAGACCGCGAAAAGAAGAAGAAGAAGGAAGAAGAAGUUGCUCCUGCUGUCACUGAGGGAGAGGCAGCCAAAUUAGAACCCCCAGCUGUUGUUGAGGUGUCAACAGAGCCUGUAAAAGAUGAUGAAGUUGUCCUUGAGCAAGUAAGCAGUGAGACUGUCCCAGAGGGCAAAGUUGAGUUAGAACCAACAGCUGCAGUACCUUCUGAGGCUGAAAUUGCAGGUAUUUCAUCUGAUAUAGCUGGAGCUGACACCCCAGGAACAGAAUUGAUCAUAACCACCCCGGGACAGCCUGAAAAGGCUCCUGAAUCAUCGAAUGAAGCUCCAGCUGUGUCUGACCUGGAGACACGCCUGGCUUCUGGUGAGAUUGAACAAGAUGUUGAAAAUGCAACUCUAACAAAGGUCUUGGAAGACUUAGCAUCUGCAGCCCAAAAGCAACUCACUACAGCACUGGCCUCAGCAGAGGAUGCCGCUGUGAUCAUUCGGCAGCAUGCAGAGAAGGCCUAUCUUGCCAUUGAUGCAGGCCAAGACAAGGAGAUCCUCUUUGCGGCAGUGGCGGAGCUGUCUGAGAAAAAGGCGGAAGUUGUGAAGACUGCUCAAGAGAAGAUUAAUCAGGCAGAAGAAGCUGUUGAGAAACUCAAGGAGCAGAUUGCCGAUGGAUUAUCCUCAGGCCUCACCCGUGACAACAAGAGCCUGAUUACAGCAGAAGAAAGUCUGGCCGAGCUAAAAUAUGCUGUGGAAAAUAUUAAGACCAUCAUCAGUCAGUCUGAAAGAGACAGCAAGGUUGUUAGUGAUUACCGUAACCUCGUUGAGUCGGGACGGGAACAGUUUGAAGCGGAGGUGCGAUCUCUCUUGCCAGAAGUGAAGUUGGGUGAGACAAGUGAUAAGUUAACAAGAGAUGAACUGAACCUCCUCAUUGCGCAUGCUCACCGCAAAGUGUUGCAACUUCAGAACCAGCUUGCAAGGUUGCAGGCUGAAUCAGAGACCCUUGAGCAUGACCGCUUCAAGGAAGCCCUUAAUAAGCAGCGUGAUGAUGAUGCUGGGCUUUUGGAGGCAAAGGUCAAUGCAUCUCUAGAGAAGCAAAAGCAACAGCUUGAAGUUGAAUACAAACGAAAGGUUGCUCAGCUGCGUGAGGAGUUAGAAAGUGAACUGAGGGCACAGUUGAAACGUCAAGCUGCAGCACACAGCGACCAUCUUGCUGAUGUGCUGACCGUCCAAGAGAAAGAGCUUGAAAGCAAGUGGUCAGAACUGCUUCAGGAUAAAGUCCAGACAGAGAAGGACAAAUACCUUAGUUCCGUUGCUGUCAUGCAGGGCCAGCUGGAUGGGCUGAAGAAUGCACUGACAGCCCGAGCUGAUGUUGACAAAGCAGCAUAUUCAGCUCGAGAACUGUGGCUUGCUUGCGAGUCUUUGAGGAGUGCCCUUAGGCUAGGCAAGGAAGGUUUGCCAAUGUCAUUGGGAAGAACAACUGCUGGAGGUGAAAACUCUUAUUUGAGUGCAGUGAUAGGGGCUGUGUCAGAAGAAGCUCGAACUCGUGGUGUAUAUACAGAAGAUGCCUUAAGAGAACGUUUCAUUAAAGUUGAUAGAAUCUGCAAGCGUGUAUCCAUGAUUGGAGACAAUGGUGGUUCUCUAAUCAAGUACAUGCUGUCUUACGUUCAAAGCUUCUUGAUUCUGAAUGCUUUUGAGUACUUGCCUGGCAGUGAAGUCCGUGAUGAAGAGGUUCCAGUUGACUCACUCUCUGUGUAUGACAUCUUAGCAAGAGCCAGAUAUUGCCUGGACAAAGAUGACCUCCUUCAAAGUGUACGUUACAUGAACCUUUUGCGUGGAGAAGCCCGCAAUGUUGCCUCCAGUUGGAUCAAGGAGGCUAGGCUAACCCUCGAAACACGUCAGGCAGCUGAUGCUCUGCUGGCUCAUGCUGCUGCUACAGCUGUUAAGGCACUUUGAAAGUUAUGAGGGUCAUAAUUUUGUUUAGAUAAAAAAUUGGAAUAAUAGUUAUUUUUUUUACUUAUGAAAACAUAAUUGAAACAAGUUUUCUGAAUCAAGGUUGUUAUAUCUGGCAUGCUGCAAAGAUAAGCAUGCUUAAAAUAUCACAUGAGGAAAAUGAGGCAAGAUAGGUUGUAAGCUCUAACUAUUGUAUACAAUAAGUUUGCCCUUAUUUUCAAUGUGAUUGAAUGUAUUUCUUAAAAAUUAUUAAGUUUUAGUCUGAUUUACUGUAUUCAGUAGUUAGCAGCUUAAAUUCUAUUGUGUUACAGUCAGUGCAAAAUUGAUCCAUUUUAAACUAAUAAUAUCAGCAUAAGUCUAACCAUGAUAACAAUGGGCUGUUAAUUUGUAUCUAACCAUGAAGUCACUUGCAUCAGAGGACAUAGGUUUUCAUAUUUUAUAUAUAUGCAUUGUUAUUAUGUGAUAUGUACAUACUGUUCAUAUUCCUAAAGAAGAAAGUUAACUUUGGCAAAUGAAAUGAAAAUAACAUGUGUUUUGUCUGAUUCCAUCCUAAGUUACAUUCUAUUUUCAUAUAUAAAGAUCUUCAGUUGCUUAAAUUAUUUUGAUCUGGGACAGUAAGGCAUCUUCGUACAACAGCCUGUCAUUUUAUGAUAACUAUUGAAAGUUUGCCAGAUUGUAUGUUGAUUUGUCUUGUAAAUGUUCUCAUCUUUGAAAUGUAAUUUGUAAAUAGUUAUACAUGAUGACGUACCCAUCUUUUGGUGGGGGUCAUGUUCAAAUAUUCCCAUGUAGAAUAAAAUGUAAGUAUUU